UUAUUAUACUUUUUUUAAGCUGUCAGCUGGAAAGACAGAACUAGUUAUUUUCUUUAAGUAAAGUUUUUUUCCCAGUGAGCACCAGCUUUGCUCAAACUGUUAGAUUUCUUGUCUUUAACUUUAGCAGUAAGGAUGUAUUGGUUUUCAAAACCACAGUUUUGGCAGCCACCUUGUUAUUCAGGCAGGACAUUCCUCCUGUGAGACUGUGGUGUGGUUUUAGUCUAAAACUUAACUACUUGCACACAGUUUGGAAGACUUCCAAGUAAACAGGCUAAACAAGGACUUUUAACUGGUGGACCCCCAUUCAGUGAGUUCAUGGCAUAACAAACAUCAUCUUUGUUUUGGAUCAAGUCAGAGGGAUAAUACACAGGGGGUCUCAUUGGUUACCCAUCCUUGUGUCAACGGGGGAAGUCUACAGUUGCUCAUCUUCAGCCUCCAUCGGGACUGGGCUCAGAUGUAAGACGUCAUGGGCAGCCAGGGAAGCCCAGUGAAAAGCUAUGACUACCUGCUCAAAUUCCUCCUGGUCGGAGACAGCGACGUGGGCAAAGGAGAGAUCCUGGACAGCCUGCAGGAUGGAUCAGCUGAGUCCCCAUAUGCUUACAGUAGCGGUAUCGACUAUAAAACCACCACCAUUCUUCUGGACGGGAGGAGAGUGAAGCUGGAGCUUUGGGACACCUCAGGACAGGGGAGGUUCUGCACCAUCUUUCGCUCUUAUUCCCGUGGGGCUCAGGGGAUCCUGCUGGUGUAUGACAUCACCAACCGGUGGUCGUUUGAUGGCAUCGACAGGUGGAUCAGAGAGAUUGACGAGCAUGCACCAGGCGUGCCUCGAAUCCUUGUAGGCAACCGGCUACAUCUGGCCUUCAAACGGCAAGUUCCCACCGAGCAGGCGAGGGCGUACGCCGAGAAGAACGGCAUGACGUUCUUCGAGGUGAGCCCCCUGUGCAACUUCAACGUCAUUGAGUCCUUCACGGAGCUGUCACGCAUCGUCCUCAUGAGGCACGGCAUGGAGAAGUUCUGGAGGCCCAACAGAGUCUUCAGCCUCCAGGACCUCUGCUGCAGAGCCAUUGUGUCGUGCACGCCGGUCCACCUCAUCGACAAGCUCCCGCUGCCCGUCGCCAUCAAGUCCCACCUCAAAUCCUUCUCCAUGGCCAACGGCAUGAACGCCGUCAUGAUGCACGGACGCUCCUACUCGCUGGCCAACCCGGCCGGCGGCUCCAAAGGCAACAGCCUGAAGCGAUCCAAGUCCAUCCGUCCACCGCAGAGCCCUCCACAGAACUGCACCCGCAACAACUGUAAAAUCUCCUAA